AUGUCCUAAUUGCUUAAGAGGUUUACCAAAUUCUUUAAUGAUCCACUAGGACUAGGAGGAGGAGGAAAGAAAUAAUUACAACAGAUGUAGGUAGAUAAUCUACCAGGUUUGGAAUUAAGUUUGAAUAUAAAUCAUAGGUAAAUCAAAUACUUAAACUACUAAUGUUUAAUUGACUGCGAUUCCAACAAUCUCUAAUCCAUGUAGAAGACUAUAUUCAGCGAAGAUGAAGAUUAGUCAGCUACUAAAUUACUGAUGCCAGAUCAAAAGAUUGAUACCCGAAAAAAGUUGUAUAAUAAAAAUAAUUAUUGCUCCUGCUUCAAAAAUAACAUGUUUGAUGAUGAAUCCGAAGAAAUUUUGAAGCCAUCCUCUAGGACUCCCCCUUAAUAGUAAUAAAUUAAACCACCUAAACCUAAGCCUUCAUAGUAAAAGAAUCAAAGAAUACAAAGAGUAUUAUUUGAAGAUUCUGAUUGA